AUGCCCGUCCGCAUCCCCGCCGCCGGCAUGACCGAGUACAUCUGCUUCGGCGCCGCCGGAGUCGGAACCCUCGCCCCUCUCGCCAUGGGCAUCCCAGGCGCCGAAGAGCGCGUGGCCCGCCAGACCUCCAAGUGGGCCCCCAGAUGGCAGCGCAACAUCAACUUCUUCAAGAACCCCGUCGAGCGCGGCGUGCAGCGCAUCACGCCCUCGGUUGCUCGCACGGUCCAGCGCGUUGAGCACAAACUGCCCCUUGAGCGAGCGGCUGUUGCUACUGGCAACGGUGCGCGGAGGAGCAUGAAGGGGUUGGAGAAGGUCAAGAAGAAUUGGACUAUGGAGUGA